AUGGUAGGCGAAGAGCAAACAGUCGCAGAGUCUGUUGAAAUUAUGGCUGUUGAAAAAGACGCAGGCUGGGUCUCCUUAUUUGUCGAGAGGCACAAGCUUGAAUCCGAGCCAUGCGUCGUGGACAUGCCGGCUAAAAUUCAGAACGGCAUGAUGCCGCCUGUCGACUGUGACAUCUGCAAGAACCUCAAGAAAGUGUCUAGAAGGUCGUCACUGAGCCAAUACGACUUCGAGACAGAAUACGCUUACACUGGUACACCCGUCGUCGUCACCGACGGGGCUUCUAACUGGACCGCACUUCAGUCAUUUUCGCUGAGCUUUUUCGAGAAUGUCUACCAGAAUUCGGCAUUGAAAACGUCUAGAAAUGCCUGCCAGUUCUUCCCUUACAAAACGGAGUUCAAAAGCCUCGAAGAAGUUUUCAACAUGUCGGCUGAACGGUCACGACUUCCAUGGUACAUAGGAUGGAGCAAUUGUAACCCGAGUGUGGCUAAUGUUCUCCGAAAGCAUUACCAAGCACCGUACUUUCUGCCGUCGCAUUCGGAGGGGUCUACGCUCGACUGGAUCUUUAUGGGCAGCCCAGGUUAUGGGGCCCAUAUGCACAUCGAUCAUGUCGGCAAACCAUCUUGGCAAGCGCAGAUUAAGGGAAAAAAACUCUGGACCCUGAAGCCCGUUCCGGAGUGUUAUUCGACAUGCCACCAACUCCAAGUAAUCGUACAUCCGGGUGAAAUAUUUGUUGUGGAUUCCAACCUAUGGUACCACAAGACGGAGAUUGUCGGCAACGAAUUAAGCAUUGCGAUCGGUUCGGAGUACGACUAA